AUGGCUGUGUAUUGCGACAAUUUCAGUAUGUAUCACCAGCAGAAUCUGCACACUUCUCAGAGAGCACCCAAUUAUGGGAUAGGGGAUUAUACGCCAUCAACAAACCCCUAUUUGUGGCUUGGUGGGCCUGGAGUGAACAGUUCACCGAGUUACCUUCAUGGCAACAACUCAGCUUCAUACAUGCCACCAUCAUAUGGAUCCCAGAGACAAUUCCUGCCAAAUUCAUCAAGUUUUGGAGGGACGGACCUUGGUUGGUUAUCCAUAGCCUCCCAGGAAGAACUGCUGAAGCUUGUGAGGCCACCAUACUCCUACUCAGCUCUUAUUGCCAUGGCCAUUCAAAAUGCCCCAGAAAAGAAACUUACUCUCAGCCAGAUCUACCAGUAUGUGGCCGACAACUUUCCUUUCUACAAAAAGAGCAAAGCGGGCUGGCAGAAUUCCAUCCGGCACAACCUGUCCCUUAAUGACUGCUUCAAGAAAGUUCCAAGAGAUGAGGAUGACCCAGGAAAGGGAAAUUAUUGGACUCUAGACCCCAACUGUGAGAAAAAAUGUUUGAUAAUGGAAACUUUCGCAGGAAGAGAAAGCGCAGAUCGGAAUCCAGCAGUGUUGAAGCUGUCACUGGUAAAGGUGAAGAAGGUCGCUCUGCUUUAG